GACUCGGCGGCUCUGAGCGCCCUGACCCGCCAGGACGGGGGUCCCUGGACCCCCUCCCCAUUUCCCUGGCGCCGGGGGCCCCCGCUGCCCCCCAGCCCGGGGCUGCUGGUGCACUUCCACGGGGGGGGGUUCGUGGACUCGGCGGCUCUGAGCGCCCUGACCCGCCAGGACGGGGGUCCCUGGACCCCCUCCCCAUUUCCCUGGCGCCGGGGGCCCCCGCUGCCCCCCAGCCCGGGGCUGCUGGUGCACUUCCACGGGGGGGGGUUCGUGGCGCAGACCUCGCGCUCCCACGAGCCCUAUUUGAGGGGGUGGGCUCGGGACCUGGGGACCCCCAUCCUGUCGGUGGAUUACGCCCUGGCCCCCGAGGCGCCCUUCCCCCGAGCCCUGGAGGAAUGCUUCUACGCUUACUGCUGGGCCCUGAGGCACUGCCGGAUGCUGGGCUCGACGGCCGAGCGCGUCUGCGUGGCCGGUGACAGCGCCGGUGGCAACCUGUGCCUGGGCGUGUCCCUGCGGGCGGUGGCCCUGGGCGUCCGUGUCCCCCAGGCCGUGGUGGCCGCGUACCCGGUGACGCUGGUGCGGGCGGCGGCGUCGCCGUCGCGGCUGCUGACCCUGAUGGACCCCCUGCUGCCCCUGGGG